CCCCCCCCCCCCAAUCCGCCUAAACCCACACGCCGCCCGCAAAAGCCCUCCCAUCCCACCUUCAAUGCGCCCCCCCCUCCGCCUAGCCUCCCUCUCCCUCCGCCCUACCAGACCGCGCCGCACCUUCUCCACCUCCCCCGCCCUCCUCGCAAAAAACCGCAUCUACAACAACAUCCGCCGCCCCGACGAACUGCACACGCUGCUCCUCCUCUCCGCCUCCAGCCACGUCCCGCUGGUCACGCUGUGGAGCGCGUCGUGGUGCAGCGCGUGCGCGGCCGUCCGUCCGGUGCUGAAAGAGCUGCUCGAGAGCGAGGGCGUGGGAGAGGCGGCGGGCGGGCUGGGGUUUGCGGAGGUGGAGUUGGAUAGUGUGGAGAUCGGGGCGCUGGGGGUCGAGUAUAUGAUCAAUUCGAUGCCGACGUUGCUGGCGUUUAGCCGGGGGGAGGCGCAGAUGGAGACGAAGCUGGUGAGGCCGGAGGUUAUGAAGGAUAGGGCGAAGUUGAGGGAGUGGUUGGAGGAGGAGGCGAGGAGGGGAGGG